ACCCAACCACAAAUUAAAUGAGAUACAAUUUAUGGUUGCAAAAAAAAAAAAUAUAUAUUAUUUAAUAAUACCGUGUGCCAUAAAAUAUAGAUUGCAAAAUAAUAAUAAAAAAACAUAGCAACAACCUACACUAGACUAUAAAUAGAUAUUAAUUCUUUUCCAUUAUAGCAUAUUCCAUCCCAAAACAUAUCUCCAUGCAAAACUCAUAAAAUGAAGUUUAGCAUUUUUAUAGUUUUUUCUCUUUUUGUUUUUGUAGGGACUGUUUCUGGAGAUAAACCAGAAUGUGGAAGGGCUGUAGGUGGUGCUGUUUGUCCAAAUAAUCUUUGUUGUAGCUAUUGGGGUUUUUGUGGUAGCACACCUCCCUAUUGCAAAAAUGGUUGCCAAAGUCAGUGUUCACCUUCACCCCCACUGCCUAGAAACCCAGAAAGACCAGAUCACAGAUGUGGACCUAAUGUUGGCAACACCCCAUGUAAUCCCGAUAGGUGUUGCAGCAUACACGGGUAUUGUGGCAGCACAGCUGCUUAUUGCGAAGGAUCUAGUUGUGACUAUCAGUGUUGGAAGAGUCCAAGCCCACCACCACCAAGUCCACCACCUCCGAGCCCACCUCCACCCAGCCCACCACCUCCGAGCCCACCACCUCCGAGCCCACCUCCACCCAGCCCACCACCUCCAAGCCCACCACCGCCUAGCCCACCUCCGCCCAGCCCACCUCCACCCAGUCCACCACCGCCCAGCCCACCUCCACCCAGCCCACCACCUCCCGAGCCCACCUCCACCCAGUCCACCACCUCCAAGCCCACCACCACCUGCAAAUCCAGAAAGACCAGAUCACAGAUGUGGGCCUUCAACUGCCAACAAUCCAUGUAAUCCAGGAAGGUGUUGCAGCAGCUAUGGUUGGUGUGGUAGCACAUACAAAUAUUGCAGCGGAGCAGUUUGUCGAUACCAAUGUUGGGGUGGAGAACGUUGGAUUGAUCUCCCUCGUGCUUUGCUCCAACAUGACAAUACUACCACUAGUAAUAAUAAUGUUAUUAGCAACAUUAUUAGUGAACCAAUUUUCAACGAAAUGUUUAAGCAUAGGAAAGAUUGUCCAAGUCGAGGUUUCUAUGAUUACCAGUCUUUUGUCAUUGCUGCUGCUUCUUUUUCUGAUUUUUGUACUACUGGUGAUGUGGCAACUCGUAAGAGAGAACUUGCAGCUUUCUUUGCUCAUACAUCUCAAGCAACUACAGGAGAAUGGACUAGUACAAUCGAUUCAUAUGCAUGGGGACUUUGUUUUAUCAAUAGAACUGCCGGUGAUGAUGAUUAUUGUACAUCUUCUCAUUGGUCAUGUGCUUCCAACAAAACAUAUAAUAGUCGAGGACCUUUUCAACUUACUCACAACUACAACUAUGGGCUUGCUGGUGGAGCAGUGGGAGUAGACUUGAUAAACGACCCUGAUUUGGUAGCAACAGACUCAGUUGUGUCCUUUAAAACAGCCAUAUGGUAUUGGAUGAAUCAACAUGACAACAACCCUUCACUCCAUGACAUGGUUAUCAAUGCUAAUUCAGGAACUCAUAAUCAAGUACUCCCGACUUAUGUUAAUACCAAUAAUGCCAGCAAAAACACUGUUGGGUACUAUAAAAGAUAUUGUGACAUGUUAGAAGUCAGCUAUGGAGAUUACUUAGACUAUUAUCUGUCUGACUUUCCAAAUGCUUCUGGCAUUUUUAUGCCUGUCCAGAUCUGAUAAAAUCAUUUAGAGGCCGGUAAAAACAACACUAGCUUUAUUAUGGAAUAAGAAAGUUUUAUAUAUUGGCCUCAUACGUGUUACAAUAUUUUACUAUUGCAUCAAAUAAUAAGGAGCCAAUUAUUUGGUAUAAUGUUCAUUGAGCUUUUAUGCAUUUUGAUUGAAUAAAUAAGUGAUUCUCUCUUUAA